AUGACUUCGUCCUCUUCAUCUUCGAGCGGCCCAACGGCGUUCCCGCCGCCGGCCGUCUUUUUGGCAGUGCCCGGUCCGCCGAUAGUAGCUUGGCCGGCAUGGAAGCGUGCUUUUCUGACUUUUCUUGACGCGUCGGCGUUGCAUCUCGUAGAACCGUUCCGGAAAAAAGCCAUCCUGUUUUCGCUGUUGGGCACUGAGGGCCAGCGCAUCGUGGAUGCAUUUCAGCUGUACGAGACGGUUGCGGUGGAGGGGACUGACGAGUUCCAGGUUUUUCUGGAGGCAGUCGAGAAGCAUUUUGAGUUUUCGGGUAGUAUCGCGCUUGAACGCCAGAAGCUGCGCGGUUUGUUCCAACGUCCUGGCCAGUCGGUAACCGAGUUUCUUGCCGUGUUGCGCCAUCAGGCUUCGUUUUGUGCUCUGGGGAACGCGCUCGAUGAAAGACUUUGCGAGGUUUUCUUGGAAGGCCUGGAGUCCAGACGCGUCCAGGAUCGCGUUCUGCAGGAGUGCGAGGGCAGCGAGCUGCCAACGCUGUCGCGGGCUAUCCAGAUCGCUCGCCAGUACGAGCAGAGAGCGAAGACGGCCGCAAGUUUUCGGCGGCGAGAGUCGCAAGUCCCGGUCGCGGCAGAAGUCCAGCGUGUCCAGAUCGAGGAACGUCAAAAGGCAGCAACACAAGAUGGCGGCCAAGCGUCGUCUUCUUCGAUCGAGCAUGGGCAAGAUGGCUACAGCGGCUACCCUCCCUGGCCUCAACCUGGCUACCCCCCGUCGCAGCUUGGACCCAGGAUGCCUUGGGCUCCGGUGGCCUCCGGUCACGUGCCCCGUUUUCCGGCGAGGGUGUUCCAGCCUCAGCGUGGGCGUGAGCCCGCUCCGCCUCGGACGGGUGGGAUCGGAGCAGACGACGCCUGCUACUUCUGUGGACGCCGCCGUCAUGAUCGAGCGGUUUGCCCGGCGUCUCAAGCGACAUGCUUCUUAUGUGGAAAGUGGGGACACUUUGCAGUGGCGUGUCGGAGUCGUCGCCCGCCGGCGGCUGCCUUCACCUACGAUCGGCGACAGGCAUCGUUCCCGGUUCAAGGCCGUGGUACUCGGCGGACCUUCGCCGACAGACAGUUCAGAGGGGACCGGCCCGGCCGGGUGAACGUGGUCGGCCAGUCGCUGUCUCCUGAGGACCUGCCAAGCGUCAGGCUGACGGAGGAACCUGUGGUCGUCGGGACGGCCGAGCGACGAGAAGGCGGCAGCAUGCGUCGUGACGCCUUCAUGGCCGAGAUCACGCUCACGGAGGAGGAGCAUCACAGCGGGAUGUGAGGCCCAUGCCCAACCCGCAGCGACGACCGUUCACCGCGUCGUCCUGUCAAGCAUCGCAAGUCCCUGGUUCUCGACCAGCGGCAAGUUCCAGACCUUCAUUUGCGGAGAACCCGUCUCCUGCUUCAUCGGUCUCUGAAGAGACCACACCUAAAGUCUUCGAGGACGAGUCAAGUCCGCAACGUCAUCCUGAGAGUCGAGGGCUCCAUAGUCCGCAACGUCAUCCUGAGAGUCAAGGGCUCCAUAGUCCGCAACGUCAUCCUGAGAGUCAAGGGCUCUAUCAUCCACAGCGUCAUCCUGAGAGUCAAGAGCUCUACAGUCCUGAGAGUCACGGACUACACGGUCCACAAGAUCAUCCGGGGAGUCAAGCGCCCCAAGGUAUGCAGCGUCAUCCAGAGAAAUCCAGUCCUUCAACGAGCCUUGUUGGUGGUUCCUCGAAGC